CAAUUUACCUUUCAAGACAUCAAGAAUGAGGAAAGGGACACCCAUUUCCCCUCAGUCACCCACUCUAUUUUUCACUCGUUCUGAAACCACAAAGCUGGAGUCACUCCCUCAAAUGCCACUCUCUCCUCCCUCCCAGAAAAACCCACCCAAAAUGCUCGAGCGCGUCCUCUCCUCCCGCCGCUACGCCUCCCACCCCGACGCCGAAAACGACGUCGCCGCCGACGAUUCCAAGACCAAAAAACACUUGCCCAUCUCCUUCUUCACCACCCGAAUCACCAACUACUUGACCCGAGCCGGACCCGUCUGGCCCUGCCUCCUCCUCCUCGUCUUCGUCCUCUUCCUCAUCUUCUCCCUCAUCUACAACUCCCGCAGAUUCGUCUGCGUCUCGCCUUACGACCCCGCCUCCCGCACCGGCUUCUUCGGCUUCGAUGGCCUCGAAUCCGAUUUCGGAUCCCUCGGCGUGCCCUGGUGCAGACCGAAACACGGAAAAACAGUGGAUUGGACAUCCAAGGAUUUGAUCAAGGCAUUGGAAGUGUUUGUACCAAUCUAUGAAACCCGACCGAUCAAAAACAACAUGUAUGGGAUGGGCUUUGACCACAGCUUUGGGCUCUGGUUCAUUGCCCAAUGGCUGAAGCCAGAUUUGAUGAUUGAGAGCGGUGCUUUCAAGGGGCAUUCUACUUGGGUUUUGCGACAAGCAAUGCCAGACAAGCCAAUUGUGUCCCUCUCACCACGGCAUCCUGAGAAGUAUCUGAAGAAGGGGCCUGCAUAUGUUGAUGCAAACUGUACUUACUUUGCUGGAAAAGACUUUGUUGAUUUUGGAAGUGUUGAUUGGGAAAAGGUGUUGAAGAAGCAUGGGAUUACUGAUCUCAGUCGUGUUCUUAUCUUUUUCGAUGACCAUCAGAAUGAAUUGAAAAGAAUAAAGCAGGCUCUGAAGGCUGGUUUCCGCCAUAUGGUUUUUGAGGACAAUUAUGAUACUGGAACCGGUGAUCAUUAUUCCUUAAGGCAGAUAUGUGAUCAAUCCUAUAUUAGAGGAGGUGGUCACAGUUGCUUUAAGGACAGUGAUGAAGCUCGGAUUAGGUCAAAAAGGAAGCAUUUCUGGGAGAAAGCAGUUGAUAUAGAUGAACUUUGUGGACCAGGUGAAGCAUGGUGGGGUGUUAAAGGGUACGUGCGGGAUAACUUUAACCACAGUCAUAAGUUGAUACCAUAUGAAGAACAUUUUCAGAACAGCCGGUUUGUGGAAUCAAUUCUUGAUGUUUACUGGGAGCUGCCACCAGUGGCAGGACCAUCGCUCACACAUCAGACUAGAUAUGAUCCUGCUCGUGCACCACCUCCCAUUGUUGAAGAUGGUCGGUAUGGCUUAUUCCAACGACUUGGUCUAACCAGAUUCGAUACUUCUGUAUUUAAUGGAUACACUCAGAUGGUUUACAUUCAGAUAUCUAAACAGUAAUUUUAGAGCUAGAAAAAUGCAGAUGCUUUAUUUAGGUUUCCAUAGUUUGUUCAUAAUAUGAAUUAUGCACUUAUUUUUUCUCAUA